AGAGUGAAUGGUUAAUUUUGAGCAGUAAUCGUAUGGGUUUUCCCUGCUCCUUUUUAUUUUAUUGUUUUCUGUCUGAAACAGUUUCAGAGAGAGAGAGAGAGAGAGAUUGUUGGAAAGAUUUGUAUUUUUAUUUAAAGUGCUAAAUCAACCCAUUGUGUUUGUAAGGUCAAAGGGAAGAUGAGGAAGGAAAUCUAAAGGUGUCCAUCUGAAAGUGAUGGCCUUCGCUGAAGUUUAAAGAGAGGGAGGUAAAAAGACACGGACAGCGCCAGAAGAGAGUGAGAGAGAGAAGUUCUCUUUUGAUGAGUUUUGGGGGUUUCAUGGACAACAGUAGUAUAGACCGUAGUAAAAAGACACAGAAAGCGCUACAGGGCAGAGAGAGAGAGAGAGAGAGAGUUUUUUGAAAUCCUCUUUUAAUGAGUUUUGGGGGUUUCAUGGACAACAGUAUAUAGACUGUAGUAUUAGUUGUGGUGGUGGUGGUGGGGGUUGCAGAAUCGUGGCUGAUAUUCCUCUCAGCAACACGUCGGCUGAUGCAAUUACUCAUCCACGCCUUCUUGCUCUUCCCCUUGAAACUAGCAUCGAGAGUCAAGGAUAGAUGAGUCUAAUAGGGGAAAAUUUGGAUCCUACUAUGAUGGGGAGGAUUAAGGAAGACGAGUAUGAGAGCAGGUCUGGAAGUGACAACUUGGACGCCGGUGGAUCUGGCGAUGAUCAGGAUGCUGAUGAUAAACCUCCAAGGAAGAAGAAAUACCAUCGCCACACUCCCCAGCAAAUUCAAGAGCUUGAAGCUUUCUUCAAGGAGUGUCCCCAUCCCGACGAUAAGCAGAGACUGGAACUGAGCAGGAAGCUUUCAUUGGAGACCAAGCAAGUAAAGUUUUGGUUUCAGAAUCGACGAACACAGAUGAAGGCCCAAAUAGAACGGCAUGAGAACAUAAUGCUUAAACAAGAAAAUGAAAAGCUCCGUGUUGAGAAUAUGGCAAUCCAGAGUGCUGCUCAACACCCAGUGUGCAACAAUUGUGGUGGUCCGGCAAUUAUUGGAGUUGAUGUGUCUUAUGAGGAGCACCAACUGAGGAUUGAGAAUGCUCAGUUGAAGGAAGAAUUGCAUCGGAUCUAUAACUUAGCACAGAAGCUUUUGGGCAAGUCAGUGUCAGCCAUGGACAGUUCCAUUGCUUCCCAACUGCAAAACUCCAGUUUGGAUCUUGCAAUGGAAAGAAAUGGGCUAAGUUGUUUAAGCCCACUGGGCAGCACAUUGCCAAUGGGGCUUGAUUUGGGCAAUGGGGUUUCAAACAUGUUGCCUCUGGCGCCUCCAAACCGAUCAACAACUGCGACGACUAGUCUUGAGAAAUCCAUGUUGCUGGAGCUCGCUAUAACUGCUGUGAACGAAUUAUUUGGUUUGGUUGAAACUGAUAGUCCCCUUUGGGUUAAGACCUUGGAUGGAGGGAAGGAAGUACUGAACCACGAGGAAUACCGGAAGAAAUUUUUUCCUUGUAUUGGCUCGAAACCAAGAAGUUUUGUAACCGAGGCUACGAGGGAGACUGGCAUUGUAAACAUCAACAGUUUGGCUCUUGUAGAAACAUUAAUGGAUGCUAAUCGAUGGAUGGAAAUGUUUCCACACUUGAUAGCUAGAUCCUCAAUUAUUGAAGUGAUAUCCAGCGGCAUGGGUGGAACAAAAAAUGGCACUUUGCAACUCAUGCAUGCUGAGUACCAAGUUCUCUCGCCAUUAGUCCCUGUCCGUCAGGUGAAGUUCCUCCGAUUCUGUGAGCAGCGUGCAGAGGGGGUAUGGGCUGUGGUUGAUGUGUCCAUUGACUCCAGUAGAGAAUCUUCAAAUGCACAGGCAUUUGUGAACUGCAGAAGGCUUCCAUCUGGCUGUGUUGUGCAAGAUGUGCCCAAUGGUUACUCUAAGGUUACUUGGGUGGAGCAUUCGGAUUAUGAUGAGAAUGUUGUCCACCAUCUCUUCCGGCCACUCAUCAGUUCGGGAAUGGGCUUUGGUGCUCCAAGGUGGCUUGCCACCCUUCAAAGGCAAUGCGAGUGCUUGGCAACCCUCUUAUCAUCUACCAUUCCUGGCGAAGACCGCACUGCUAUUCCUCCAAAUGGCCGGGAAAGCAUGUUGAAGCUGGCACAGCGCAUGAUAGAUAACUUCUGUGCUGGGAUUUGUACUUCUGCCAUGCACAAGUGGGAAGAGCUCAGCAUUGGAAACUUGGGCCCAGAUGUGAAAGUGAUGACCCGAAAGAGUGUGGAUGACCCUGGUGAGCCACCUGGUGUUGUCUUGAGUGCAACGUCGUCUGUUUGGAUCCAUGUACCACAGCAGCAGCUGUUUGAUUUCUUGAGAGAUGAACGACUGAGGAGCAAGUGGGACAUCUUAUCUAAUGGUGGGCCAAUGCGUGAGAUGGUCAAUAUUCCCAAGGGACGGGAGCGGAGCAACUGCGUUUCUCUUCUUUGUGCCAGUGCCAUGACCCCGAAUCAAAACAACAUGCUGAUUUUACAGGAGACAUGGAAAGAUGCUUCAGGCUCCCUUAUAGUUUAUGCUCCUGUUGAUGUAGCUUCAAUGCAUGCGGUUAUGAGUGGUGGAGACGCCGCCUAUGUGGCUCUCCUUCCAUCAGGAUUUUCAAUUGUCCCAGAUGGCUGUCCCGGGUAUGGUGGACCUAAUGGCUGCAAUGGGACUUUGGCCAAAGGAGGUAGCAACGGUUGUGGUGAUGGUAGUGGAUCCCUUUUAUCAAUUGGGUUCCAGAUUUUAGUAAAUGACCUACCCACAUCCAAGCUCACAGUGGAGUCAGUACAAACUGUGAGCAAUCUCAUCUCAUGCACAAUUCAGAAGAUCAAAGACGCACUGUGAUUAGCAUGGCAGCUUGUGAUAGGUAAACUUGGUGCUUAGUUCAACCAAACUUUAUUUUUUAUUUUUUCAAAAAAUUAAAGAAAAAGCAUUUAUAUAUGAAGUAAAAGUAUAGAAGGGAGAGCAGGGGAAACAAAGGAGCUUGAUAUGGAAAUUCCCACAAAUGGGGUUGAGUCAAGAACGAACCGCCCUCUAUACUGCAGAUGUGCCAAAGAAGCACAAUGGAUUUUGAUCUUGUUUGUUUGGGUCUGUUUUGGACAUGGGAAUGGGCGGUGGUAAUGGUUCGGGUAUUGACUUGGUUGAUCUGCAAGUUCUCAGCUCUCAAUAAUCUUAUUGUGUUUAUUUGAAUAUACAUUUUAAUCCUUGUAGAGAAAAAUAAAAUUAGGAAAAAGUAAAUGUGAAGGGACUCAGCUUUUCCCCCUGAGUUGAUGGGGCUUGCUAUCUCUUUUUUUUCCCAUUUUAUAUGAAUUUGUGCUGCGUCUGUUUGUAAUUUUACAUUUCCCCCCUCCCCCCCCAACAUUUUAAUGUUUCUCAGUUCUCUUGGUGGCGCCUGUA